GGAUACAAAUAUGCGAAGAUCCAUCACACCUGCGGAACGUUUGGCUGUAACUCUCAGGUAAAUAAAAUAUCAUUAUUUUAUUAUGUAAUCUUUUUUAUUAGGGUAAGUAAUGCAGAACAUUAAAAUAAUCAUCAUUUUCCGUUGAUGUGUCCGACCCAGUAUCGUUUUGUGGGGCGUAAAAAGGACAACAACUCAUAAUAAAUAUAUCGUUUCUUUUUUGGAGCUGAUUGUCCCGACACUGUGGUAGUUUCUAAAUUUAUUUCUUUUUUAUAACUAUCUCUUAUAUUCUUCCACUUCUUCAUUAGGUCCUUUACUGCAAAAAAGAAAUGUAUUAUUAAUAUGGCAUUUAUUUAUUUUUCAGAUAUUUGGCUUCGGGAGCAAAUUUCACUGAUUUGGAGUACGAUUUUCAAAUUUCUCGAAAAACUAUACCAUUCAUUGUAAAAGAAACCUGUCAAGCUUAUAGUCAAGAAUUAGCACCUUUAGAGAUGCCAAAACCAAAUAAGGAAAAAUGGAUAAACAUUGCUGAGAAAUUUUACAAAGAAGCGAACUUUCCUAAUUGCGUUGGAGCCAUUGACGGCAAACAUAUUAGAAUUGUUUGUCUUCCGAAUGCUGGAUCUAAAUAUUAUAAUUAUAAAAAAUAUCAUUCGAUUAUUUUAUUGGCAGUGGUUGACGCAGACUACUGUUUUACAUUCAUUGACAUUGGUGCUCCAGGUCGAGAAAGUGACUCUUCAAUUUUUAAAAGUUCAAAUUUCGGGCAAAAGUUAACUCGUUCUCAAUUGGAUUUACCGGAGCCAAUUCAUCUUCCUAACAAUAUGGGAAAUCCUCGUGUGCCUUUUGUAUUUGUAGGUGAUGCUGCAUUCGGUUUAAAUAAAAAUGUUAUGAGACCAUUUUCUUUACGAAACAUAGACACGCCUAAGAAAACUUUUAACUAUAGACUGUCUAGAGCCCGCCGCUUUGUGGAAUGUGCAUUUGGUAUCCUUAGUAACAAGUGGCGAAUUUUUCAUUCAAGCAUUAUAAUCAAUCCACAGAGUGCAAAAUACAUUAUAAAAGCUGCUUGUGUAUUACACAAUUUCGUAAGACGCAGAGAUGGUUAUCAAUUUGAAGAUACGAUUCGAUGUGAUAUGGAAGAAUUCGACGAAGUCCAGGCAGUUGGAGGCCGAUCUAGUGGCAUUUCAGUAAGAGAUUCGUUUGUUCAAUAUUUCAAUGGCCCUGGAGCGGUUCCUUGGCAAAACAGGAUGAUACAUUAAAUUAAGAAAUAAAAUAAUAAGUAAACUUACCAGCUUUGUUUUUUUCUUCUGGGCCUAAAUCAGCCCAAUGAGCAACCACUUCCUGUCCUAUCUCCAUCCAUAACUUCGCUUUUAAAGCCUGAUUGGCGUAUUCCUUCGACUUCACUUCAUAUAAAGGAGGUCUUUCUUGUACUUCAAUAAUAAAACGCUCCGUGUCGAACAUUUUGACGCGCCACUAGCCACGCAAGCGCACACACGAUGAGCGAGCGAGAAGGUCCCGCGCAGAAUGACGCAAUAUCGGAUAACCGCCCGUGUAGUUUUAAACGGCGGUUAACAGCGGCGGUUUGACGCUGCAUGCGGCGGUCGAAUUUCUACCGCCUGCAAACCGCGGCGGGAAACCGCGCAGUGUAGUUUGUGGCAUACAAUGUCCAUAUAAAAUUGAGUCUAGUGCGGUUCAGAAGCGGGUUCCCGCGGCGGCAGAACCGCCCGUGUAGUAUAGUUCUAACGCUCGGAGAGUGCGCGACCCCGGCGCAGUUCGUGCGCGCGAGGCGUCCACACUAUGGGAAUUCUGUUACAUUACAUGAUACAUUGCAGCAAUGUGGACCUCAAAUUCUUGCAUUGCAUGUUGCAUUACAUGUUGCAUUGCACCAAUCUGUACCCACUUUAACAGGCGCUCUGUGUAAAGUAGUAAACUGUCUGCUUAAGUUUCAAUAUAUACAACUCUUUAGAAAGGCCACAUUUAAAUUAUUUAGUAAAAGUUUGGGGUAAUGCAGCGACGUCCGAAAGGUCUUCAAACCAAACAAAAUAAAGUUAUGAAAGUCUUAUUUCAUUAUAAAUACCUAACACCGACUAAAACAAUUUACUCUAUUGCCAGAACCCAAUAUGGAAAUAAUAAUCUGAUGUAUGAAGGAGCUAAAUUACAUACUGUUAAUAAAUUACCUAAGGCCAUGUUAAAUCUGACAAUGAUUAUAUAAAUAAGCUUAAGCUAUAUGUAAUAGAAAAUAUAAUUUGCGUUAUUUUUUUAUUUAGUUUACCAACUUUAAUAGCUUAAGAUAUUCAUUUGUAAAUAAGUAAUAAUAUAAGUGAAACUUUGUAAUUUCUUUAGACAAUAAAUUUCUUUAAACCUAAAUAAGCUUGGCUUUCAGGCAUUUCUCUCAAUCAAUUAAAAAGUUAACCACCUGUUACUAUAAAACAUUUUCUUUAAAGCAAUGCUUAAGACAAAGUUACUCAUAUAUCAAAUGGUGGACGGCAGCAGCGGCAAAUAAUGUGACCGCGGCGCCUUUUGUUGACAGCAUACUUUCAUUCCAGAGUGACCAGCACAACACUACUCUUUCUACUAAGCCCUUAGCAUCAAACAAUCCUAAUAUAACAAUAUUUGGUAGUCUCUACUGUCAAAGUUAUCAAUUUAAUAACGUUACCGUAACAACACUAUUGAAAACUUUACAAUCUAUUGAUAUGUUAGCAAAUAUUUUAUCAACCAUUUUUGAGAGCCCGAUAAGUGUACGUUACGAUCAUAAGCCUCUUUAAAAAUUUGUUUUGGAGUUUUAUCGAUUUAAAAUCUAUAUUCUAUCAUAAUAUAUAAUUAUAAAAGUAUUAAGUAAUAAUGGCGGAAUCAUAUCUAGCAUGGGAUUUAUCAGUGCUAGAACACAGGCGUGUUAUGGUUAUGCGGCGGCAAAUCGCAUGUAACCGGCGCGAAAGUGAAAAUCCUUUGGAUUUAGAGGAUAGUGAAUUCUUGUACCUUUACAGAGUUACAAAAGAUAUGUUUAGCGAGCUCGUAGGUGCACUUAGGCCAUCUCUUCAAAAACAACGGCCGUACGGACUUUCUGUAGAGUCCCAAGUGAGUGUCAUCAUGUAAAUGCCUAUAUACCUUUAAAAACUAACGCUUUUUCGUUUGUAUUAACUCUUAGUUUCAUUUUCUUCUAAAUAGCUACUGACGGCACUUCGAUUUUAUGCAAGUGGGUGCUAUCAGCUACCUAUUGGCUUACAGUGGGGUUGCAGCAUGAGCCAAAAAUCGGUUAGCCGAGUAGUACAUGCUGUAACCGAAGCUAUUAAUGAAAAAUUAUUGAGAAAAUAUAUAAAAUUCCCUAUGACCCCUGAAGGGCGGCGAGCUGCUAAAGCAAAAUUUAGGAAAGCCCCACAGCCAUUUCCGGAUGCGAUAGGAGCCAUAGACUGCACACACAUAAAAAUUCUAGCUCCAAAGUUGCAUGAAGAGGCAUAUGUGAGCGGUCACCAUGAGGGACAUUCAUUAAAUGUACAAGUUGUAAGUUUAAUCUUCAGUAGUUAUUGUUUACCUAUUUAUUUGCUAGUUAAGUUUCAGGAGCGGUGCUGAAGCUUUUUAAAACAACUAAAUAUGUCUCCAUGAAAUUUACACUACAAUAAUGUAUUAUUGUAACAUAAUAGCUAUAUAUUUCAGUGCAAAACUGAUUUCCUUAACUAAGUGAUAACAUUACUAUGAUGAGAAUUGUAAUUAUAAUAAAUCUUAUUCUAAAUCCAAGGGCUUUUAUAGGAUGGUUAAAACAAGUCUGUUGACUGAAAAUAUGACACCUUGGUUUAACCAGCAAUAACAAUUAAUUAUAGUGGAGUCAGUGUCUUCUGUAAUGUUAUACUUCAUAACAUGUUUUCAGUAAUCCAAUAUCAACAGCUUAAUCAGCACAGUUCACAGUCAAACAUGUUAUUGUAAAAUUAUGGCUACUAGCAAUUAUCAUGUUUAUGAGUAAUCUAAUAUCAAAAUCUAAGUGAGAACAAUUUGGGAUCAACAGGUUUUAAGGCUAUUUAUAGACUGCAUAACUUGCUUUGAAAACAUGAACAAAGUAUCUUCCCCUUAUUAUUGAUAGUAAAAAUAGUCUUAUUAGAUACAUUUUACUCAGCAGUUUAGGUGAAAAAGUUUAAAUUAUACUAAUUAGUCUUAAGGGCUUAAAUUGUAAUUUUAUUGCACCUAGUUGUUACACUCUGGAACAUCAUCAUCAUCAAUAAUAAAUAAAUCUAUUUACUUAUUUAUUAGCACAAAUAGGUACACCCCUAAUUAAAAGUAUAUUUUAAAUUAUUUUAGGUGUGUGACCCAGACCUGUUAAUUUUGAACAUCAAUGCUAAAUGGCCAGGAGCCAGACACGAUGCUCACAUAUGGGCAAAUUCACCUGUACGCUCAACCAUGAAGCGACAUUUUGACAAUAGGGAUCGCCGUACAUGGUUACUUGGUAAGUUAAAGACCAAUUUUACUAGAAUGUAAUGUCUGUAAGACUGCCGAAUGUAAUUUCGAUGUUUAAACUUUUAGGUGAUGAUGGAUAUCCUCUGGAGCCAUGGUUGAUGACCCCAAUAAAAAAUCAACACCUUGGGACGCCGGAGCGUAGAUACACAGAUGCUCAUGGUUCAGCCAGAAACAUCAUAGAAAAGAUGCUUUGGUGUGCUAAAGUCUGUUUUUAGGUGUCUGUCUCAUCAACGCCAGUUAAUGUAUGAGCCAUACACUGCUGGCCUAAUAGUAAAUGCAUGUGCAGUACUACACAACAUGCGUAUUAAAUAUAGAUUGCUGGAACCAUAUGUCACCACAUCCACAGAAAUCAUUGUUGAUAGCUAUAAUGAUGAUGGCUUGGAAGAUACAGGUAAUAAUGUUGUUUAGGUAAUAUUAGAUUAGACUUUGUUGUCUUAAUCUAAUAUUACCUUGUCGUGAAGCGACAAUU